CGGUACUGGAAACACAUUACGAAGCAUGUCUAUGAAUGGGGAAGGAAUUAGUAGUGGUUCUCUCCUCUCAAAGGGCCAGGGCAGUCUAUGAGGGCCGGCUUUCUACGUUCGCGCCAUUUCUCCACGGCCAAGCGGCUACAAUCCUUGGUUUCCUCAACUCCAAGGCCUGAUUUUUCUCCACAUAACACUGUUAUUCUUACGGAAGAACUGUGUGCCAAUGUAUUGGACCGAUACCCAGAUGUUCAAACACUGAGGAAACUCCAUUUGAAGAUACUUAUUAGCCCUCAUCUUCACUGUAACUCGUCUCUUGGCAUCAAAUUAAUGAGAGCUUAUGCGGCUCGUGGGGAGCCCAAAGUCGCACGCCACAUAUUCGAUGAAAUUACUGAGAAGGACGUUAUUUUUUUUAAUGUCAUGAUAAGAAGUUAUGUGAACAACCAUUUAUACCAUGAUGCUCUUUUACUUUUCAAAAUAAUGAACAGCAGUGGAAUUAAUCCGGAUCAUUAUACGUACCCUUGCGUCCUGAAGGCAUGUUCUGGAUCGGAUAAUUUGCAGGUUGGAAUGCAGAUUCAUGGUGCUGUGAUGAAAGUGGGUCUCGAUUCUAAUCUAUUUUGUGGAAAUGGGCUGAUUGCCAUGUAUGGCAAGUCUAGUUAUUUGGUGGAGGCUAGGCAAAUUAUUGAAGAAAUGCCAAGAAGAGAUGUGAUUUCCUGGAACUCGCUGGUUGCUGGGUAUGCUCAAAAUGGACUUUUUGGUGAUGCAUUGGAGGUUUGUAGGGAGUUGGAGCUCUCUGGUCUAAAACCUGACGCUGGUACUAUGGCCAGCCUCUCUCUGGCUGUCACUAACACUUCCCUUGAUCAUGUUUUGUAUGUUAAAGAAAUGUUCUUGAAGCUGGCAAAAAAGAGUUUGGUUUCUUGGAAUGUUAUGAUUGCAGUCUAUGUGAAGAAUUCAAUGUCAGCUGAAGCAAUUGAUUUGUAUUCUCAAAUGGAGGCACAAGGUAUGGAACCGGAUUCAAUUACUAUUGCUACUAUUCUUCCUGCUUGUGGUGAUCUUUCAUCUAUAUUGCUUGGUAGACAGAUCCAUGAAUAUGUUAAAAAGAAGAAGCUCUGCCCAAAUUUGUCAUUGGAGAAUGCAUUAAUUGACAUGUAUGCAAAAUGUGGCUGCCUAAAUGAGGCAAGAGCAGUAUUUGAUCUGAUGAAGUUUCGAGAUGUUGUGUCAUGGACUUCUAUGAUAUCUGCUUAUGGAAUGAGUGGCAAAGGUCAUGAUGCUGUAACCCUCUUUUCAAAAAUGCAACACUCAGGUCUGAGUCCAGAUUCCAUUGCCUUCGUAGCAGUUCUCUCAGCUUGUAGCCAUUCAGGACUGUUGGAUGAGGGCUGGUACCACUUUAGGUUGAUGACUGAGCAGCACAAAAUAACUGCAAGGAUAGAGCACUUUGCUUGUAUGGUAGACUUAUUAGGACGUGGUGGACAAGUAGAUGAGGCCUACAAUUUCAUCAAAGAAAUGCCAAUAGGGCCUAAUGAAAGAGUAUGGGGAGCUCUGUUGGGUGCUUGUUGGAUGCACUCCAACAUGAGAAUUGGGCUUCUUGCUGCCGAUCAACUUUUCCAAUUAGCCCCAGAUCCUUCUGGUUAUUAUGUUUUGUUGUCCAACAUUUUUGCAAAGGCUGGUCGAUGGGAAGAGGUGACCACUCUCAGAUCAAUAAUGAAGAGAAAAGGAAUCAAGAAAAUGCCUGGUGCUAGCAAUGCUGAACUCAAUGGCCAGGUUUAUACCUUUCUUGCUGGUGACCAGUCAAAUCCACAGUCCAAAGAAAUCUAUGAGGAGUUAGAGUCUUUAUUAGGGAAAAUGAAAGCAGAAGGUUAUGUUCCAGAGACAAAGUCUGCACUUCAUGAUGUGGAAGAAGAAGAUAAGGAAAGUCAUCUAGCAGUUCACAGUGAAAAGCUAGCUAUCGUCUUUGCCAUUUUGAAUACUGAGCCUGGGACACCUAUUAGGGUUACAAAGAAUCUUCGAAUCUGUGGGGAUUGCCAUAUUGCUGCUAAGCUCAUUUCCAAAAUUGCUGAACGUGAAAUUAUUGUUAGGGACACUAAUAGGUUUCACCAUUUCCAGUAUGGUGUUUGCUCAUGUCAGGAUUACUGGUGAUCAAGAUUUUAUUUAUCAAAUCACUAAUGACCCAUUUUGAUUUGUACACAGAAGCAUGAGUUUUUUACUUCAGAAUUGUAUUGGAAAUAACAGGUAUCAUAUUUU